GCCGACUGCUCACACGCACUCACACACACACACAAACACACACUCCAAAACUUACAUGCUCAGAGGUCUCGGGGAACAGAUGACAAACACACACACACACACAUGCCAGCAUUUGCAAUCUGUCUGGGAAUAACAGGAUGCAGAGACAAGGAGUGCAGCAUUACUGUCCAGAGUAUCUGAGAUAACAGCACACUGAGAGACGGAGGGACAGACGGAGGGACAGACGGAGAAACAGCCAAACAGAGGGACGAAUGGAGGGAUGGACCGUUGAGAUUUUGUCCGAUGAAUGUUUUUGCCUGGAGUUUAAGAAGUGCUGAGACACAUCCUACACAGAUCCGACUGAAGUUCUCCUGAUGAUGUAAUCCAGCAUGAUGGAGUGAUGUGGAGUGAUGCUCCAUCUGAGUCACAGAGAUCCAAAUGACAGCAGAUCAGUGUGAUGCAUUGAUGAUUAUAUGAUUUAUUGAGGUUGUGUUUAUCAGCGUGAUUCAGAACCAAUCAGAGUGACAGCUGGAGUGACGUUCAGGUAUACAGUUUUACAGUGGAGAGACGUGUGUGGAGAUGUGAUUCAGGUUCCUCUUAGACUUCUGGAAAAGAUUAAAUGUGAUGGAGUGAAGUUUGGAGCUUGUGGAGUACAUCCGAGAUCAGACAGAUGUUUGGAGCUUCGCUUUCUGUGGCGUGACGUGAGGCGCAUCGUGAGGAGCAUCGUGAGAAGCAUCGUGAGGAGCAUCGUGAGGAUUGACAGGGGAGUGACAGGACAUCUCCAGGACAUUGAGACUCCUCACUAUGCAGUGGAUGCUCUCCUCCAACAGAGCCUUAUGAUGCACAGAUGGAUGGUGGUGUGGAAACGGCCUGACCUGCUGUGUGGACUUUACCUGCGAGUGCUGCUGUGGCUGGGUGGAGUGGGAGUGGCCUAUGGAGGGGGCGUGGCCUCGACUGAACCCUCAGUUGUGUGUGACUGCUUUAAGCAGGAGCGGAAUUCUGACUAUAAGGAGGGAGGAGACGUGCGGAUUCGCCGACUGUACAGUCGCACACAGUGGUUCCUCACCGUCGACGAGAACGGCAAUGUCAGCGGCACACAGGACCCCAACAACUGCUACAGUAUUUUGGAGAUCCGCACAGUUUCAGAGGGGGGCGUCCUGGCAAUCAAAGGGGUGAAGAGUCAGUAUUAUGUUUUCAUGAGCAGGUCUGGAAUACUGCAGGGCAAGAAGGAGUAUAGCGACAGCUGCAACUUUAAGGAAGUGUUUUUGGAGAACUUCUACACGGCCUACAUGUCGGAGAAAUGGAGCAAAAACGGGAAGGACAUGUUCAUCUCUCUGGCACAGAAGGGUCGACCACUGAGGGGCAAGAAGACUCGCAAAGAGAGCAUCGCCUCACACUUCAUUCCACGCACAUGCAAAGAGGAUGACAGGACACCGAUCUGACCCCAGACACACACACACACACACACACACAGACACACACACACACACACUCCUACACUCUUGCACACACACUCCUACACACUUACACACACACUCCUACACACUUACACACACUUACACAUA